AUGACAUCUGCACAGUUUGUCUUCUAUCUGACAUGUUUGUUCUUGGGGGAAACGGUUCACACAAAUGACCUCAAAUUCUCCUUGUCUGUUCAUCAAGAAAGACAUUUUGUAUCAGCUAACACUGGGGGCAAUGUGACUCUGCGCUGUUUGUAUGAAGGUAACGAUGUGGCAAGGCUUUACUGGUAUAAGUUAAAUUUGGGAAAGGAGUCAAAGCUCAUUUGUACUGUCAACACAGUGGACAAUCACGCCAUGUUUAAUGAUGAAUUCAACACUGAUCCACGAUUCACAGUGAAUUCUGAAAAAGGAAAGAUUGACUUAAAGAUAACAGACCUGCAAAUUUCUGACUCUGCUACUUACUAUUGUGCAAGCAGCUAUGGGUACAGGUUUACAUUUGCAGAGGGUACUGUCAUUGAUGUAAAAGGUUCAGGGUCGAACAUCCCAACUUUAGUGCAGCAGUCAGCAUCUGAGACCAUCCAGCCAGGAGGCUCUGUGACUCUGAACUGUACAGUACACACUGGGACCUGUGAUGAAGAACACAGUGUUUACUGGUUCAGAGACUCUGAAGAGUCUUUCCCAAGAAUCAUUUACACUCAUGGAGGCAGAAAUGAUCAGUGUGAGAGGAAACCCAACACACAGACACACACUUGUGUCUACAACCUGCCAAUGAAGAGCCUGAAUAUGUCUCAUGCUGGGACCUACUACUGUGCUGUUGCCUCAUGUGGACACAUACUGUUUGGAAACGGGACCAAGCUGGAGUAUGAGGGGAGCGGUUGUGUCUUUGUGUAUUUCUUGAGUGGAGCUUUGGCAUUCACCACACUUCUAAGUGUUUUAAUGGCUUUAUUAUUGUAUGUGACCCACAAGAGAAGCAACUUCAAAUGUGCAGAGUCUCGUUCAAGAAUUUCUCCUGUUUCUUCAGCAGUCACACAGGUAGCUCAAAAUGAAGAAAACAUCCAUUAUGCCGCUUUGAGGCACCACAAGGCUGACAGACCAAGAAGACUGAGAAACAACAGCAAGGCUGAAUGUGUCUACUCAAGUAUAAAGCAAUAGAAGUGGACGUGUUUCUUAUCUAUAUUAAUACUUUCAAUGUCUUGAAAACAUUUGCUUUCUGUUUCUCUGUACAUAAUAUGAGCAGGCAAGCUCUGUAUUAACUUUAGCUCAAUUUUUACCAAAUACAAAACAGUUUUUGCUUUUAACAUAAGUAAGAGCUUUUAAUCGGGGCAGGAAUCAAAAAUUUGCAGUGCAUUUUUGAGAUUGAAUACACAGAAGUGAAGACAUAUUUACCGUUAAAUCCAUAAUUUGUUUUUGAUGAAAACUUUUUACUGUAGCAGUUGUGAAGUAGUGAUGAGUGAUUAAAACUGUCUAUUCUCUCAGACUUAAAACAAGGAAAGGAGAUGUCACAAUGUUAACUAUGCAGUGCAGAGAAUCUGCAUUGGGCUGUGUCUGAUAUUCAUGACUUCAGUUCCAUGACAAUUUUUGAAAAGGCUCAUAAUUUGUCACUACAAAAUCUAACAAAUACAGGCAACACAUACAAAUCCAGUAUAAUCAGUGUCCGAUGCCCAAUGUUACCAUGGGGAAAAAACCCUAAACUUUAUUAUAUAAAUAUAUAUUAUAUAAAUAUAAUAAAGUUUGUCAU